UUGCUUCACAGUUUCGUGAAUUGUUUUGCUUUAUGUGUGUAUUAUUUUCUGGUGUUUGUGCUUUUAUUUUCCUUUUUUGUUUACGUACAUCUCCAAAAUAUUGGGACAGUUGCUGUUUUCGGGAGAGGGAGAGAGAGAGAGAGCGAGAGCGGAAAACAAACAAAGCAUAGCUAAAAGUUUGUUUACAUUUUACCUAUGACUAGUUUUACAAGUUAAGAAAACCCCAACAAUGCUGUUUUGGCACAUUCAUCUCUAUAUUAUCAUAGAUCUGUUCGGUCUGCAAAUGCGAACGCUUCAAGCGCUCGAUGCCAUCGAAAUAUUCAACUAUCAGACUACAAAGUUUACUUGGCCCACAUCUUUGACGCCGGAACCUGUGGGAAAUGAUCCUGCACAGGAACGAGAAUUGGAAUUGGACAGCUACUUUAAGUUCGACGAUGAUUUGACUUCCGCGAACAAUCCCCCACAGUCUCUGCACGAGGGCGCCUUCUGUCGACGCAGCUUCGAUGGUCGGAGUGGCUAUUGCAUCCUAGCCUAUCAGUGUCUUCACGUCAUUCGCGAAUAUCGCAUCCAUGGCACCAGAAUUGAUAUCUGCACCCAUCGCAGCAAUGUGCCUGUCAUCUGUUGCCCGCUGGCCGACAAGCACGUAGUGCCUCAACGCAUCAGUGCCACAAAAUGCCAGGAGUACAAUGAGGGGGCUAGGCGCUUGCAGCUCGGCGACCUGAGUCGUAGUUUCUCAGGCAAACAUUGCGUCCCCAGUGUUCCCUUGAUUGUGGGUGGAACACCCACGCGGCAUGGCCUCUUUCCGCAUAUGGCUGCCCUGGGCUGGACGCAGACCAAUGGCGACAUAAAAUGGGGCUGUGGCGGCACAAUGCUAAGUGAGCUCUAUAUUCUGACAGCAGCGCACUGCGCCACCUCGGGUAGCAAGCCUCCAGAUAUGGUUCGUCUGGGAGCCCAGCAACUGAACUCUAGCAGCGAGGGUCAGCAAGACAUUAAGAUUCUUAUUAUUAUUCUGCAUCCCAAAUAUCGCUCCUCAUCCUACUACCACGACAUUGCACUGCUUAAGCUGACAAGGCGAGCGCGGCUUUCGGAUGUGGUGCACCCGGCCUGUCUGUGGCAACUACCCGAUCUGAAAAUUAAAACGGUUGUGGCCACCGGCUGGGGACGCACUGAAUUCCUGGGCGCCAAGUCAAAUACUCUACGUCAGGUCGAGUUGGAUGUGAUUCCGCAGCAGCUAUGCAAACAGCUUUAUCGCAAGGAGCGGCGUCUGCCACGCGGCAUAAUCGAUGCACAGUUUUGUGCGGGCUUUUUGCCGGGCGGCAAGGAUACGUGCCAGGGAGACUCUGGAGGCCCGCUGCACGCCGUGUUGCCGGAAUACAAUUGUAUAGCGUUUGUCGUGGGCAUCACCUCAUUUGGAAAGUUCUGCGCGGCGCCUAACGCUCCUGGAGUCUACACAAGAACAUUCACGUACUUGGAUUGGAUUGAGAAAAUUGUAUUUAAACAGCAUUAGAACUACACUAGACACGAUUAAAUUUACAGCUAGAUAUUAUGACCGCCAAA